AUGUCUUGCACUUCCUGCAACCAUGUGGCACCAUCAGCCAUAUUUUUGGAACAGUCUCUCUCAGAUAAGCUUCCUAUGUGCACCAACUGUCCAACAUUCACCCACAGUUAUGGACAUUGUGACAUUAGACGUCCAAAUAUUGUGGUUUGUAAAGAGGAGCAGCCGAAUUUACAUUCACUUCUAGCUCAUGAUGAGGAUCUUGUGGAUGUAGUGUUGGCUGUGGGUGUUCAUCCCAUUCCUAACUCCAACCUUCCUGCUAUCGCCAAACAAAUCACUCAAGCUGCAUAUUCCAGAGCUCAGGGAGGAGUUCCUACAUCUAUCUUGAUAAAUCUGGAUAUAUCUGCUUUGGAGAGAACUGGAAUUCAAGAUCUCUUCCAAAUUUCUAUGGCCCUAGAUUUGCAAGAGUUUUUUGGACACAUUAUUCUUGCUGCCCAUCAAGAUGCUAUCCAUAAUCCUGCCAGCAAUACCAUGCUGAUAUCCAAGAGCCUAGUGCUUAAUGAGGAAGGAAAAGAAGGAGAUGUUGAUGCUGAUGAUAGUAACAACCACAAGUUAUUGCUGACUUUGACACCUUGGUAUUUUUCUGAUCUUUAG